AUGCAAGAAGUUCACACGAAUCUGAAUCUCCCGAUCAAACUCCUCUUCCUAAUAAAUAUUGCAGACCGAACUCGCAUCUACGGUGACCUCAAAGUCCCUCUGAUCUCUGAAUAUGAAUGGCUCUGGUCGGACAAUGGUACUGGUGCAGCUAGAGAUGACACCUUUUGGCAUCCGAAGGCCCAGUCUGGAGAGUUUGGGGGUAUGCGCCCCUUGGGAUCUGUUGGCACCGCCAACUACAACAACAUCAACAAGAAACAAGCUACCCUCCUCGUAGGGGCAACCAGCAAUUCAAGCCCCACAGUUAAAUCUCCGACUGGCUACACGCAAAUCUGGAUUUCUAAAGGUAUGGGUGGAAAGUACGAUAACUCUACAUGGAGACCCAUUCCUCCCCUGGGAUAUGUGUCAAUGGGUGACGUUGUCUUUGAUUGCUCAGAGACAGGAUGGAAUACACAGCCGAGUACGGAUAAAGUCUGGUGUUUGCGAGCGGAUCUCGCUAAGCGUGCUGUCUACGAUACCGCUUCGUUCUGGGACGACAAGAAAGGCGCCGGUAACUACGACCUUAGUGUGUGGCAGAUACUUCCGGAACCAAUUGUAGGCAAGGGCGACAAGAAUAUUCCCAUCACUGCUGGUACUUUCCGAGCAAAUCAAAGCUACUCUAAGCCUGACUCAACCUAUGCUAUGUGUCGCGUUACUCUGCCCUUCAUUUCCCACUUCAAAAGUACAAAUGAAAGAAGCCUCGACUUUACCCAAAACCCCUUUAUUGAAUUGAGCCGAUCCAUCGCAUGGAAAGUCGAGGGUUUAUGGGUGAAUGGAGGCGAGGGCACGUACUCGCGCCAGAAAGAAAUAAAAUAUGGCGUCAGUUCGGAAGAAACCAAGUCAAUGACACACUGCAGAUUCUCUGCUUCUGGUGGCAUUGGACGCGCAGAGUUCAGCGUCAGUCUCAAUUAUCAUUUACCUACGAAAGCAGUUCUUCAUUCACCUAGUACAGCGACUUGA